UAUUCAUAUUUCGAGGUUAUUUCAAAAUUUUUACAAUCUCAAUUCACUUUCACUUGAUUGAUUGAUUGAAUCGAUUUUAUUUUGUGGAUCGAAUGCGUUUUGAUAAACGAUGCUUUCUUCACCACCACCUCCACCAGCAACAUCAUCCAUAAAUAAUACGGCCGAUUUAUCAGCCAGUGCAAUUACUCCAGGAUCUAAUCAUCAUCCUCAUCAUCAUAAUCCACAAAUAACGAACGGACAUCAUCAUCAUCAUUCGAAUCAUAAUCCACAUCAAUCAAAUAAUGAAAUGUCACCAUCAACACCAAUGGAAAUUGUACAAACACCAAUGGAAAUGAUUAUGAUUGUUUCAUCAUCAUCAUCAUCAACAUCAUCAUCACCAUCAACAUUAUCAUCUUCAUCGAUAACAUCGACAAUGAUAACUACAACAACAACUACUAGCGCCACCUCUGCAACUACUGCAAUUACUACAAAUAGUAAUAGUAGAAUGUCAAUGAUAAAACAUCAACAACAACAACAAUGUUUAUGUAUUGGUUGUCAUCAACCAAUUCGUGAUCGUUAUCUAAUGUUUGUUAAUGAACAUUAUUGGCAUGAAUCAUGUUUACAAUGUACUGUUUGUCGUAUAAUACUCACGAAUUCGUGCUAUAUACGUGAAAGAAAAAUUUAUUGUAAAAAUGAUUAUAAUAAAAUAUAUGCAACAAAAUGUACAAAUUGUUUGGAAACAAUCAAUUCAAAUGAAUUAGUUAUGCGUGUACAUGGUUUCAUUUAUCAUUUAUCCUGUUUUUUCUGCAUAUGGUGUAAACGACAAUUGAAAAAAGGCGAUAAAUUUGCCUUACGUGGACAUCAACCAAUUUGUGAAAUAGAUUUAUCAAAAUCAUCAUCAUCAUACGGUAUGGAACAAUCACAUCAUUCGCAUUCACAACAUUUACCAUCAUUAAAUCAUCAUGAUAUUGUUGCUGGUUAUGAUGAUAUGAUCAUCAAUGGAUUAUCCAUUACACAUUCACCAACAACAAUAAUAUCCGAUAAUAAACCACAUUUGACAAUGUUACAACCACCAUCGUUAUUAUCAAAUCAAUCUAAUCAUGAUAAUAAUUCAUCGGAUCAUCAAUAUUCACCACCAGCAAGGUCAUUAACUAUCUGUGAUUCACCAAUGAUCAUUACUAAAAAUGAUCAACAACAACAAUCUACUAAUCAACCACCAACGUCAUCAUCAAAUUCAUCAUCACAAUCGUAUCAAUCACCAUCCCAUACUACCAAUAAUAAUUGCAAUAGUAAUUCUUUAAUGUUAACCAAAAACAACAGUACAACAAGUCCAACAACAAUUAUCAAACAAGAUGGCCGUCGUGGUCCAAAACGUCCAAGAACAAUAUUAACUACAGCACAACGUCGUGCAUUUAAAGCAUCAUUUGAAAUUAGUCAAAAACCAUGUCGUAAAGUACGUGAAACAUUGGCCAAAGAAACUGGCCUCAGUGUUCGGAUUGUUCAGGUUUGGUUCCAAAAUCAACGUGCUAAGCUUAAGAAAAUUCAAAGAAAACAACAACAACAGCAAAUGUCACAAGGUGGAACAUCAGGUAUACUAAUCGGUAAUGGAAGUGAAUCAGGCGGUUGUUUAGGUUCCAGUGAUAAAUCAAAAGACGAUACAUCAGAUGAUGAUGACGACGACGAUGAUGAUGAUGAUUUAAAUGAUAAUGAUGAUGAUGAACAAUCAUCACAACAAUUUUCUAUUCCAUAUAUGUUACAAAGUCCAGAUGCUGGUUCAUAUUAUUCAGGACGUGGUGAAGAUGAUGUUUAUACUUGUAAAAGCGAAUUGGGCUGUAUGGAUGAUAGUGAAACAAGCCUAUGUGAAUUGGAUGAUAAUAAUAGUUCGAUAAUGAGACAGAAUUCUGAAGCGGAUCAUUGUCAUCGUUUAUCAUCAUCAUCAGGUUCAUUAUUAACAACAAUAAUGUCAAAUAAUCCUAUAUCAUCAAUGUUUUCACCACCACCUUCACUACAACUACCGCCAUUAUCAUUGCCAUUACCAUUAUCACAACAUUCAAAUGGUCGAUCAAAUAAUAAUAUGUUACACUCAACAACAACAACAUCGACAACAUCAUCAUUGCAUAUGACCAAUACAUCAUCAUCAUCAUCAUCGAUAACCAAUAUGACACCAAUCGAUAAAUUGUAUUCAAUGCAAAGUUCUUAUUUUAAUAAUCCAUCCGAAUGUGAAUGUUGAUUGUACAACAAUAACCAAAAAUACGUAAAUUAUCAUCCUUCUCUGUAAUCAUCAUCAUCAUGAGAAUUUCAAACACAAAUUUUUCUUUCGAUUUGAUUGCAAUUAAUUGGCUAGUCGUCUACUUAUUCACCAUCAUCAUCAUCAUUAGCAUCAUAAUUCAAUUUAAUUUAUAAAAUUUUGUUUUUCUGU